AUGUCGGCCUCCGACUACUACAACAACAACAACAACUCAUACUCGCACCCGCAAAACCAAGGCCAACCAUACCAAGGCCAACAGUACCCGGGUCAACCGUAUCCAGGUCAACAAUACCCAGGUCAGCCUUACCAACAACCACCCCAGUACCAGCAAUACCCACAGUACCCGCCUCCCCAACAGCAACCAGCCCCCUACGCCUCGCAGCAGCAGCUGGCGCCAUACGACCACGAUGCAAAACGUCCCACGUCUGCACACUCGGCUUCGUCCCACCACCAGCAACAGCAGCAGCAGCAGCAGCAGUACUACCAAGACCCGAACCGCGCAGGCGGGCCAUCGGCCCAGCAGCCUGGCCCCGGUGGCGAGGGAGAGCGAGGUCUGAUGUCGACCGUUGUGGGCGGCGCGGGCGGUGCAUUCAUGGGUAACAAGGUCGGCAACGGCGGCAAGCUCAAGAUGAUGCUGGGAGCCGUCGCCGGCGCCGUGGCGGCCAACGUUGUCAGCCACAAGAUCAAGGAUCACAAGCAGGAUCAUCAUCACCAGCAGCAGCAGCCGCAGCACCACGGCGGCCAUCAUCAGGGAGGUGGCGGUUUGAUGGGAAUGAUACCGGGGAUGCAUGGUCAUCACCAGCCGCAGCAGCAUGGUCAUCAUGGGCAUCACCACGGACAUCAUGGCCACCAUGGUCACCAUCAGUCUGACUAUGGUUCUCCGGGGCCGCACCAUCAUGGACAUCAUCAUCAUGGACAUCAUCACGGCCACCACCAUGGAAAUGGGGGUUGGUAG